AUGCGCACUUUGUUCAUCCUGGCUGUCGUCGCCACUUCUUGCUUGGCUCUCGUGAUUCCGCGAUCACAAGGAAAUGUCGCCGAGUGCGUUAUGUGCAAAUUAGCGGUUCGUGAAACUGCACCAAUGCUUGGAAAGGAAACAGUGGAAAUCGAGCAGAAAUUCGACAAUGAAUGCAAAAAGGAGCUGAAAAUUCCCAUAGAGCACAAUGAAUGCGAGAAAUACAUCAACGAGCAUUUGGAUCCUAUCAUUCACGAGCUCGAGUCGGGCACUGAGCCCAAGGACGUCUGCACUAAACUCCAUGGUUGUUGA